AUGGAUCAGGCCAGAGUAUCAGCUAUUGCUAAAGAUGAUUUAAGGCAGCUGCACACAAAAGAAAAGAUUCGUAGUUUUUUCGAUCUAUGUGAUAUAUCCUUUCAAAGUCUAACUCUUUUGAGAGACUAUAUGGUCAACGAGUUCAUGAUCGAGAGGGAUAUAAUCACAAUUCUUAACGCAGAAUUAGGAUUAGAUCCAAACACUCCUUCACCUAAACAAAUAGACAGCCCUGCAAAACAAUUAGAAAAAGCUAAAUACUGCCCAGUCUGCUACAAAAUAUUUAAAAGUAGCCAAGGUUUGAGCCAGCACAUGGGGAAAAAGCACUCUGCAAGCACAAAGAAUUCACUGUGUGACGUCUGUGGCAAACUUUUUACACACAAGUAUGCCUUGAAGUUUCACUACCAGCAAGUGCAUGAAACUGCAAAGCAGGUAGGGUGCAAGGAAUGCAGUUAUAUAGCUUAUAACAAAUAUAAGCUGAAAAAGCAUAUGAAAAAGCACGCUUCUUGUCCUAAAAUUUAA